AUUUUCUUUGGAAUGAAAAAAAUUCAAUUAUUUAAAAAAAAAAAAAAAAAAAACUCCUAAGAAUUUGCCUUCCCAAUGCAUAUUAGUACACCUUUCUUCUUCACAAAAACCUCUCCCAUGAAAAAGUAGCUUCACACCACCACAACAAACUUUUUCUUUUUUUACAGUUUUUAUCAACACUCAUUUUCAUUUUUGAGCAAAAUAAACACUUUUUUUACAGGCAAACCCCAUUUUCAUUCUUGAGCAAAAAAAUCACCUUUGUUUACAGUUUUUAGCAACACCCAUUUUCAUUCUUGAGCCAAAAAAAAUCACUUUUUUACAGUUUUUAGCAAACCCCAUUUUCAUUCUUGAGCAAAAAAAUCACUUUUUUACAGUUUUUAGCAACACCCAUUUUCAUUCUUGAGCAAAAAAGACCAUUUUUUACAGUUUUUAGCAAACCCCAUUUUCACUUAUGGACCCAUCAGUGCAAGAAAUACUUUCAUUCUUGAAGAAAAAAUUCAUAUUUGAAGAUAAAGAUUUGAUUUUUAUGCAAGAUAUGUUAAUGGGUUGUGAAAAGAAUUUCAAGAAUGAGUUAGAAAAGGCUAAGAAGAAUUUUGAGGAAGAAAAAAGGAAGGUAGAAGAAAGGUAUAAGAAGAUAAUAGCAGAAAGUGUUGAGGGUUAUAAGGAGGAAGUUCAGUUGCUAUAUGAUAGGAUUGAUGAGUUAAAGAAUGAGAACAGUAAAAAUGAGAAAAAAUUAAGGGAGUAUUAUGAGAAAUUUAAUGAGUUGAGUGGUAGAGUUUCAAGGUUGGUGGAAGAAAUGGGGGAAAUUGAUGAGGUGGAGUUUAACUCAGCUGAAAAUUGCAGUGGUAAAUUAAGAAAUGAAGGGGUUGAUAACGUAAACUUGGUUCCAACCGAAAAAAGUUCCCCCGGUGACCAGAGUUUUCAGUAUGCGCCUUCUGUUUGUGCAUCUGCUAAAGUAGAUACCAAUUGUAACGAACAAAAGGAAAGUGGUCGUUCUGACGAAGCAGAUUUGGAUGUGGAAACAGCGGUUCAACCGGAAUCUUCUGGUGCAACUGGAGUUAACUUGACGAGUAACAACUUGGGAUCUUCUCAAGUCAAAGACGGGGUAAUUGAUUCGCACGAGAUGCAUUUUUCACAUGGCCUAAAAUCAGUUUGCACUUCAGCCGGAAAUAGCAGUGGUCAAUCAAGUCACAAAGGAAUUGAUAACAUAAACUUGGUUCCACCCGAAACGAAUUGCCCUGGUGACCAGAGUUUUCAGUGCGCGCCUUAUGCAUGCGACUCUGGUCGAGUAGAAAGCAAUUCCGACAAACAAAAGGAAAAUGAUCAUUCUCAGGGAGCAGAUCCUCUUCCAGUCGACUUGGCGUUGGAACAUGGAGAUCGUACUAGACAUCCAUCGGCAAGUAAAGCAGUAGACUGCUUUAACAAUAACUUGAAUGCAGCCUCGGACAAACCAGAAUCUUCGCCUGUUAUUAGAAUUAGCGACAGUGAUGAUGAAAUGAACACAAAUGAAACUGCUUGUGCUUCAAACCGUUGUGGUUUGGGAGUGAAUUUAACAUGCUGGCCGCAGAAAAAGGGAGUGCACAAGCAAGACUCCUCUAAGUCAACACAAAAGAGAAAAAGAAGCACAGAUGAGGGUGACAGGAAUAGGUCCUUUGUUGGUGACGACAACACGAAUCUUGAGUGUAGUUCCAAAUUUGCACGUGUUGUUCCAUUUCCGGAGCAAAACUCAGUAUCCCUAAGACAAUGUGAAGACAAAGUUGGAGUUAAAUGCCACUCCGAACUUCCUCCUGGAAGAUCGGACAAGCCUAACGUAUUUAGUAAUGGCAAUGAUUCAGAUUCAUGCAAUACCGGAAAAAUAGAGAUGUUCGUUAAACAAGGUAGAAAAUGGUUGUCUGAAUACGAGCUUUGUUCAGCAUUCGAAAAAGAUCCUGAGCUUUGUUUGAAUGCAGUAUGUGCCUUGUAUCGUCAACAAAUUUCUGAAAACAAAUCUUCAUAUUCGAUGAGUCAGAAUGACGAAAUGAGCAUUACUGCUUUAGGGAAGUGUCUGAUCGAUGGGGAUCCCGAAAACAAGCUCAGAGUAACAAUGUCAGAGGUAAGUCUAAAAGAUCACCAAAAAUGCAAGAGAUUAGCUAUUCGAUACUGCCAUCAACUAUUUCAGAUAUACGAUAGCAAGAGAGACCGUCUGUUCUGCACUGAUGCUGGUGUUAUCUAAGCUCUAGUUGACGCGAAGGUUGUCUGUUCGUGGGUACAUACAAAUACUCAAAACGAGGGCUUGAGUUGUUACACCAGACUCCGAGUUCCCUCCGACAGAAGUUUUUAUACUUGACUUGCUUUGUCCAGCCCUGAUGCUGGUGUUCUCUAAGCUGUAGUUGACGCGAAGGUUGUCUGUUCGUGGGUACAUACAAAUGCUCAAAACGAGGGGUUGAGUUGUUACACCAGACUCCAAGUUCCCUCCGACAGAAGUUUUUAUACUUGACUUGCUUUGUCCAACCCUGAUCCUGGUGUUCUCUAAGCUCUAGUUGACGCGAAGGUUGUCUGUUCGUGGGUACAUACAAAUACUCAAAACGAGGGGUUGAGUUGUUACACCAGACUCCGAGUUCCCUCGACAGAAGUUUUCAUACUUGACUUGCUUUGUCCAGUGAAGAUACCUAACUUUAGGAGGCUGAUUAUGAACACAAAUGACUCUAUUUAUUGAAUUGUUGACAAUUUUAGCUUAAUAGUUUCAUGUCUGUAGAACAUAUGGAGGCUUAAUCUGCCUGUUUUAUCGAAAUAUCUAAUGUUUGUUCAUA